AACAAAAAAAAAGGAGAGUAGAUCUUUGGAGCAAACUUGUAAUAUAUAAGACAAUCUGCCCACAAAUUUCGGUGAGACAAAACCCAAAUGAACGCGUUUUCCAUGGGUCCUCUUCUUCAUCUUCCUCUUUCUUGAGUCUUGACUCAUUAAGAUAUACAAUCACUCACCAGUUUAUGCAAGUGUCGUGCUAUUAAACUAUCCCUGGAUUUUCUCUCCUCCUUCUUGCCCAUUUUCCCACCCAAUCAAACAUAUUCUGUUUCUUUCAGAUCUUUUUUAUUUUCCUGGUGAUUUCUCCUUGUGGGUUUGCUUCAUUGCCUCGCCCUCUUCUCUGGGUUCGUCUAAAGUUUCGGUUUUUCUGAUGCCCUUUUGAUCUUGUUGCUUGUCUACUUGAUGACUUCCUAGCAGUAUGCUCUGUAUUGAUUUUUGCUACUGCUGCUAUUACCGAUUGUAGUCGUCGCAUCCCGGAAGAUAGACUUUUGGUGUCCGUUCUGUAUUGCGUAUUGGCUUUGUUCCGGAAGGGUCAUUUGUUACGCUUUCUCAAUCAACCUGUAUCAGAGUUGAUGUCUAAUGCUGUUCGAGAACUAAGCCGUAGAAUAGAAAGGAUUUGACUUGACUUGUCGUGUGGUUGCUCUUGGAAUUGAGAUGAGGUCACUGUAUUUAUCUUGGUGUUCCGUCGAUCAGAUCUUGAUGUAGAGAGAUUGAUUACCUGAUGCGUUUCUGGAGAAGGGUUUAGGAGAAGUAAGGAUAUUAGAUGGGGAACACUUGUGUAGGACCAGGCAUUUCACAAAAUGGAGGGUUAUUGCAAUCAGUUUCUGCAGCAAUGUGGGGGCCACGAAUGGCGGAUGAUUCGGUUUCCCAAACAAAUGGAGAAACUGCCAUUGAAGCAACCUCAGAGGAAUUGCCAUCUCCAUUGCCUGCUGUGCAAGAUAAACCCCCUGAGCAGCUCACAAUGCCUAAGCCUGAGAUGAAUACCAAGACUGAGCCAAAACCUGAAACAGAGAUCCAACCUGAAAGCAAGCCAGAAUCCCAACCGGAGACAACCUCAGUGUCCAAACCAGAAACCAAGGCGGAAGUCAAACCCGAUACUGCGGCUAAACCGAAGAAGCCUAAGCAUAUGAAGAGGGUGUCCAGUGCUGGGCUUAGAACCGAGUCAGUGUUGCAGAGAGAGACUGAGAACUUCAAGGAUUUCUAUUUGUUGGGAAGGAAACUCGGGCAAGGGCAGUUCGGGACAACUUUUUUAUGCGUGGAGAAGGCUACAGGAAAAAAAUACGCAUGCAAGUCGAUUGCCAAGAGGAAGUUGUUAACAGAGGACGAUGUGGAAGAUGUUAGAAGGGAGAUUCAGAUAAUGCAUCACUUGGCUGGUCACCCAAAUGUCAUAUCCAUUAAAGAAGCUUAUGAAGAUGUUGUGGCAGUGCAUCUUGUGAUGGAGCUCUGCUCGGGAGGAGAGCUUUUCGAUAGGAUAAUCCAACGUGGGCAUUAUACCGAGAGGAAAGCUGCUGAGCUCACACGAACCAUUGUUGGAGUUGUGGAAGCUUGUCAUUCUCUUGGUGUCAUGCAUCGCGAUCUCAAGCCCGAGAAUUUUCUGUUUGUUAACAAAGAGGAAGAGUCUCUCUUGAAGACGAUUGACUUUGGACUGUCGAUAUUCUUUAAGCCGGGCGAGAUCUUUACCGACGUUGUUGGUAGCCCUUAUUACGUAGCUCCAGAAGUUCUUCGGAAGCAUUAUGGUCCUGAAGCAGACGUAUGGAGUGCUGGUGUGAUUGUUUUCAUUUUAUUAAGUGGAGUUCCCCCGUUCUGGGCUGAAACCGAACAAGGAAUCUUUGAGCAGGUCCUCCAUGGAGAUCUUGACUUCACAUCAGAUCCCUGGCCUAGCAUCUCUGAAAGUGCAAAAGACUUGGUGAGGAAAAUGCUCGUGCGAGACCCCAAGAGAAGAUUAACGGCAUACCAAGUAUUAUGUCAUCCUUGGGUACAAGUCGACGGAACUGCUCCAGAUAAACCUCUGGAUUCCGCUGUCCUGAGCCGAAUGAAACAGUUUUCAGCCAUGAACAAGUUCAAGAAGAUGGCUCUAAGAGUCAUAGCCGAGAAGUUAUCCGAGGAGGAGAUAGCUGGUUUGAAAGAAAUGUUCAAGAUGAUAGACACUGACAACAGUGGUCAGAUAACUUUCGAAGAGCUGAAAGUAGGACUCAAACGAGUUGGUGCCAAUCUCAAAGAAUCAGAAAUUCUUGACCUAAUGCAAGCAGCUGAUGUGGACAACAGCGGAACGAUAGACUACAAGGAGUUCAUAGCUGCUACAUUGCAUCUGAACAAAAUAGAGAGAGAGGAUCAUUUGUUCGCCGCCUUUUCAUAUUUUGACAAGGAUGGGAGCGGUUAUAUCACCAUGGACGAGCUCCAUCAAGCCUGUGAGGAGUUUGGUGUAGAGGAUUUCCGCAUAGAAGAGAUGAUGCGAGAUGUUGAUCAAGACAACGAUGGGCGGAUUGAUUACAACGAGUUUGUGGCGAUGAUGCAGAAAGGGACAAUCACCGGAGGACAGGUGAAGAAUGAUAUAGAAGCUAGCUUUAGCAUUGAACUGAAACACUAGCUUCAGGUUUAUAAAAUCAAACCAGAGGAAAUCAUAAUACACAUGAUGAAUGAUGAUUUUGUGUAGCGAAGACAUAAAUGCAUAGCCAAUUUUCUCUUUCUCCCUCCCCCCCUCUAGAAAGCUUCAAUCUUUUGAUGAGAUUCUGAUCCUUCUGAUCUUGGUUUCAGCAACUGUCCUUGUGAUGUUACUGUUUGUGCAUAUAGUUUUGUCUGUAAUUCUCUGACAUAUGAAGAACCAGUUCAGGCAUGACCAGAGACAGAUGAGGUAAUUGAGAUACUGUUAGGAAACUGGUAUUAGACCACUGAAUAAAAUGGUUUUGCUAUUAAUA